UUUUCUGCCCACCCCUUUUCAAUCUGCCCAUGUCUGAGGUGCUCCGGGAAGACGCACAAUCGUGAGCAGCUUACGACACUCAGUGAGCAGUAGGUGCCGGUGCAAGCUCGCGCCUCACACUGCCUGGCGGAGAGAAGGAGCCCGGGCGCCGGGCGCCGCUCCCCGCUCCCAGCGUUGCCACCCGAGCCGCCCGCCGCCCGCACCUCCCCGCCGCCCGCAAAGCAUGAGCAAGCCCGCUCUCCGCAGCCGCCCCGGGCGCGAAUGGCAGGCUGUCUCCGCGGAGCAAAAGGUGGCGCCGGUCAGUGGUCCUUUCCAAUGACGGACAUUAACCAGACUGUCAAAUCCUGGGGAGUCGCGAGCCCCGAGUUUGGAGGGUUUUUUUCCCCACAACGUCACAGUCCGAACUGCAGAGGGAAAGGACAGCGGCAGGAAGGCGAAGCCCCGGCUCCCGCACGCAGUUGGGAAACUUGCGGGUCCUAGAAGUCGCCUCCCCGCCUCGCCGGCCGCCCUUGCAGCCCCGAGCGGAGCAGCAAAGUGAGACAUUGUGCGCCUGCCAGAUCCGCCGGCCGCGGACCGGGGCUGCCUCGGAAACACAGAGGGGUCUUCUCUCGCCCUGCAUAUAAUUAGCCUGCACACAAAGGGAGCAGCUGAAUGGAGGUUGUCACUCUCUGGAAAAGGGUGGAUUUCUGACCGAGCGCUUCCAAUGGACAUUCUCCAGCCUCUCUGGAAAGAUUCUCGCUAAUGGAUUUCCUGCUGCUCGGUCUCUGUCUAUACUGGCUGCUGAGGAGGCCCUCGGGGGUGGUCUUGUGUUUGCUGGGGGCCUGCUUUCAGAUGCUGCCCGCCGCCCCCAGCGGGUGCCCGCAGCUGUGCCGGUGCGAGGGGCGGCUGCUGUACUGCGAGGCGCUCAACCUCACCGAGGCGCCCCACAACCUGUCCGGCCUGCUGGGCUUGUCCCUGCGCUACAACAGCCUCUCGGAGCUGCGCGCCGGCCAGUUCACGGGGUUAAUGCAGCUCACGUGGCUCUAUCUGGAUCACAAUCACAUCUGCUCGGUGCAGGGGGACGCCUUUCAGAAACUGCGCCGAGUUAAGGAACUCACACUGAGUUCCAACCAGAUCACCCAACUGGCCAACACCACCUUCCGGCCCAUGCCCAACCUGCGCAGCGUGGACCUCUCGUACAACAAGCUGCAGGCGCUCGCGCCCGAUCUCUUCCACGGGCUGCGGAAGCUCACCACGCUGCACAUGCGGGCCAACGCCAUCCAGUUCGUGCCCGUGCGCAUCUUCCAGGACUGCCGCAGCCUCAAGUUUCUCGACAUCGGAUACAAUCAGCUCAAGAGUCUGGCGCGCAACUCUUUCGCCGGCUUGUUCAAGCUCACCGAGCUGCACCUGGAGCACAACGACUUGGUCAAGGUGAACUUUGCCCACUUCCCCCGCCUCAUCUCCCUGCACUCGCUCUGCCUGAGGAGGAACAAGGUGGCCAUUGUGGUCAGCUCGCUGGACUGGGUAUGGAACCUGGAGAAAAUGGACCUGUCGGGCAACGAGAUCGAGUACAUGGAGCCCCAUGUGUUCGAGACCGUGCCACACCUCCAGUCCCUGCAGCUGGACUCCAACCGUCUCACCUACAUCGAGCCCCGUAUCCUCAACUCCUGGAAGUCGCUGACGAGCGUCACCCUGGCCGGGAACCUCUGGGACUGUGGGCGCAACGUGUGCGCCCUGGCUUCGUGGCUCAGCAACUUCCAGGGGCGCUACGAUGGCAACUUGCAGUGCGCCAGCCCCGAGUACGCACAGGGCGAGGACGUCCUGGACGCAGUGUACGCUUUCCACCUGUGUGAGGAGGGGGCCGAGCCCACCAGCGGCCACCUGCUCUCCGCCGUCACCAACCGCAGCGACCUGGGAUCCCCCGCCGGCCCGGCCACCACUCUCGCUGACGGCAGGGAGGGGCAGCCCGACAGCACGCCUGAGCUGGCUACCGUGGCCCUCCCCGGCGGCGAACACGCCGAGAACGCUGUGCAGAUUCACAAGGUGGUCACCGGUACCAUGGCCCUCAUUUUCUCCUUCCUCAUCGUGGUCCUGGUGCUCUAUGUCUCUUGGAAGUGCUUCCCAGCCAGUCUCAGGCAGCUCAGACAGUGCUUUGUGACGCAGCGCAGGAAGCAAAAGCAGAAACAGACCAUGCAUCAGAUGGCUGCCAUGUCUGCCCAGGAAUACUACGUUGAUUACAAACCGAACCACAUUGAGGGAGCCCUGGUCAUCAUCAACGAGUAUGGCUCGUGUACCUGCCACCAGCAGCCCGCCAGGGAAUGCGAGGUGUGAUUGUCCCAGUGGCUCCCAACCCGUGCGCUACCAAAUAUGCCUGGACAGCCGGGGCGGGCCGGCAAGCACCAGGCUGGGGUCUCCUGUCUGUGCUCUGAUAUGCUCCUUGACUGAAACCGCAAGGGGAUCUCUCCCAGAGACUUGACAUUUUAGCUUUAUUGUGUCUUAAAAACAAAAACGAGAUAAAACACAACAAAACCCCACCCCACAACCUUCAGGACAGUCUAUCUUAAAUUUCAUAUGAGAACUCCUUCCUCCCUUUGAAGAUCUGUCCAUAUUCAGGAAUCUGAGAGUGUAAAAAGGUACCAAUCAUUGAUUUUUUUUUGUAAACUUAAAAUGUUUAAAAUAAAAUAGCA